UCUCUUCCUCCUCCGAUUGGGUGGCUGCCAUUGCUCUCCAGGCCAACCAAGCCCCGAGCUCCCAGCCCACUCCUCUGCUAGCUCGAGCUUCCGCUCCUCUGCGUCUCCAGUAUCCCACUCAUCGUGUGAUUGAUCAGGUCCCGGUUUCUUUCUCUGUCCAAGAACCGGUUUUGGGGGGUUGUGGGAGCUGCUGCUGCUGUUCUUGCUAGGUUAGAUCUGGGGGGAGAGGUUGGGUCGUUCUUGUGCGUGAAAUCCUUGGUUUUGCUGCGCUGGAGGUUCUUGCUGGCCAUGGUUUGUCCAAGCAUGCAGAAGCGCAAUCUCUGAGCUUUAUGAAGAUCGCCACUCACCUGCGCCGGUCCUGCUUCCUCCAGUCCUUCUCCGUCGUCUUCCUCUACUACUUUUAUGUGAUUUCAUAAUUGGCCCUCUCAAUCUUCCAUUGCUAGUAGUACAACUUUCCUCUUCUUCUUCUUCUUGCUUUCUUUCUUCUUCUUGCUUCGACAAGUGAUAAAUAAGAACGGUAGCAGCAGCAGCAUCAGCAGUAGCCAAGUAGGGAUCCAUUUCGGUGCGAGCGAAGAUGUCGUCGUCGUCUCUGUCGCCGGGAGGAAGGCUGUCCGGGUCGGACGGCGACUCGGCGGGCACGUUCGCGGCCGGGGACAACCGGCGGGAGAAGCGGCGGCUGUCGAACCGGGAGUCGGCGCGGCGGUCGAGGCUGCGGAAGCAGCAGCACCUGGACGAGCUGGUGCAGGAGGUGGCGCGGCUCAAGGCCGAGAACGCGCGCGUGCUGGGGCGCGCCAACGACAUCGCGGGGCAGUUCGUGCGCGUCGACCAGGAGAACACGGUGCUCCGGGCGCGCGCCGCCGAGCUCGGCGACCGCCUGCGCUCCGUCAACCAGGUGCUCCGCGUCGUCGAGGAGUUCAGCGGCGUCGCCAUGGACAUCCAGGAGGAGUGCCCGCCCGACGACCCCCUGCUCCGGCCGUGGCAGAUCCCCUACCCGGCCACCGCCAUGCCCAUCGCCGCCACCGCAACGCACAUGCUCCAGUACUGAUCCGCCCAUGAUUGGAUCAAUAAUUCAAGAUCUUUCUGUCCAGCAGGAGCUGUGCUGCGGUUGGCAACGAGGAAGAACAGAGCUAGAUUGCUCUCUACUUGGCUGCUGCCUUGAGGACUAUUACAAGGCCUAGUUUGCUGCUCUAUGUUGUGUUUAUGUUUCAGUAAGUGUCAGUAAGUGCUUGUUGUUGUCA